AUGUCGUCGUCCCAGAACAGGCAGGGCAAGAUGGCCGGUUACAUCAAUUGGCGCAUGCGCGUCACUCUGAAUGACGGGCGCCAGAUGACCGGCCAGAUGCUCGCCUUUGACAAGCACAUGAACCUCGUCCUCGCAGAUACCGAAGAGUUCCGCAAGACCAAACGCAUGCAAGCCAAGCCUAACUCGUCGACUACUCAGACCCUCAUCCAGGAAGAGAAGCGUACUCUUGGUUUGACGAUCGUUCGCGGCGCAAACAUCAUCGCGCUUUCUGUCGAGUCUCCCCCUCCUGCCGACCCGAGUGCCCGUCUCGGCAAAACCACAGGUGCCGGGAUCGCCUCGACCCUGACCGCUGGUCCUGGCGUUGCGCGCCCUGCUGGUCGUGGUGCGGCCGCCCCUAUCUCGUUGGCUGGUCCGGCCCCCGGUGUUGGUGGUGCAGUUCCUCCCCCUCCGUUCCCAGGCUUUCCUGCUGCUGCUCCGCCUGGCUUCCCUGGCCGGGGUGGCCCUGCCCCGCCCGGUUUUCCGGCCGCUCCUUUCCCUCCGCCGGCUGGCUUUCCCGGCGCGCCUGGGUUCCCACCUGGUUUCCCUCCUGGUGGUGCGCCGCCGCCGGCCGGCUUCAACCCUCCGCCCCGGCGCUAA